AACACUGGUUUAUAUUUAUUUACACUAUCGUGGCAUCAUGGUUCCAUUUUUAUAACUUGUCACUAUGCCCGUCACUUUCGCGCUUAUAUACUUGUUAGAACGUGACAGGCAUGGCGACAAAUGAUAAAGAGCCGACCAUCUUAGCCCUACUGCUGUAUACCUAUACUGAUAACUUAUUUUAUUUAUUUGUUUAAGUGUAACAUCUUAGUGAUCAUAUCCUCUUUGUUUUUAUUAGACAAGUGGUGCGUAUUAAACUAAGUUCUUGGUUAUAGUGGACAGUGGUAUCCUUUCAGCAAGAUGUUAGUAAAGACAGAUAAGGAAAUUCGCAAAGUAGGACCGGGUGAAAUAUAUUCCCUUGUAGAUAUCUUACACGCUGUAGAAGAUGACUGGAAAAUUUUCAUGUCUCUUAUACCUAAGGACCCUCUGAACGAAAAUUCGGAACGAAAAUACAACAGUGAAGAUAUUAGAAAACUUGAAGAGCAUGCGAGAGACAAACAAGAAAAAUGUGCCAAGAUUAUGUUUGAUGAAUGGGGGACGUCGGGCCAAUUCCGCCCAACACUGAGGACUGUGCAGAAAAUUGCUUUAAAGGCAGAGAUGAUGCGCCUUGUUGAUAAAAUAUCUAUCAUGUUGGGAGAGCCACUUCUUCCACGGCCAACGCAAGGCCCCGGAGCGACUGUGACUACGCAAGUCACUCUUUUAUUAAACGAAGCAAGCACUGCAGAAGUGAUAUCUCAAAAUAAUGGAAGAAAUGGAGCUAAUGAUAUGAGCACCGAGCAAGUACAUAAUGUACCAAACUGGGUACAAUUACAGAGGUCCCACAGCGCUGAUUUGAACCUUACCUCGCAAAUUCAGCUUGAACCACACAAUAACAAUACCUCACCAAAUCAACUUGGACCAGCAAAUAAUGUGCCUAACUGGGAUCUAUUGACCAAAAGCAGAACCUUCAGUACCCAACAGUCUUCUUCUUCUUCCAAUAAUAAUAAUACCUUACCAACACCGCUUGAGCCAAACAACAAUAAUAGCUUAAAUCGACCUGGACCAGUAAAUAAUGCGCCUAACUGGGCUCGAUUAGCUAGAAGCGCAUCCGGAAGUACUCAGCAGUCUUCUGAAAGCCAGGAAUUCAGCAAUGAACAGCCUAACCAACAUGGUUAAUGCAAUAGGGCACAAGGUAGAUAAGAGGUAGGGUCUGCAAGACAAAAGUGUCACUUCAUGGCAAGCCCAUUUUGCAUGCAUUCAUUCAUUGCACCGUUCACCGCUCAGCCCUCGAGUUGUGAAUGUUGCGUGCGUAAACGCGAGGAAUUUGGUGAUAUGAAGUCACAGUUAUGUCGUAGCGACCAUACCUCUGCCAUUCUUGCAGAAUCUCUAUGUACUUAUAUAUAUAUAUUGUACGAUCGCUAGAUAAACGAUUUAGAAGGAUCGUGAUCAUUUGGAUUGCGGUAUGUACGUAGCUUUUGUAAAGUUAGGAGCAAAGAAUAUGGCUGAAUGUAAAAGUGGUUUCUAUCUUACCUAACUAUGAUCCACCAAAAUAUAUACUUAUAGGUAAUAUUGUAAAAAAGAAUUGUUCAAAAACAUCACUUUAUUCAAAUAAAUUUGAAAUGAACAACGGUUUUUUGUUGA